AAAGCUUUCAAGGAGAACAGGCACGCCAUAAAUGUUCCAGUUGUCGUUCCUAUUUAACAUUAAACGGUAAUAUCUGCAGAAGAAAAUCCAAUUACUUCGUACAUCAUCUCAAAAAAAAAAUCUAAAGGUAUUAUACAUAAAAGGAAAUUUUUGCGUGGUUAGACUUUAUUGAGUGUGGACUUUUAUUCGAGAGUAACAGCAUCAAUUGAAAAGCUACAGAGUGUGAAAAAACGAGCUUAAUUUGUGGCCUCCGGUGAAAUGGAACACAGUGAAAUUUAAUAUGAAUUUUGUACAAAUAGGAUUAAUAAAAGGUACUUGUUAUUUGUUUGGUAGCAUAUGUGGAAUCUUGUAAAAGAAUUCCACAAACAGAAACCCAAGGAGAGUUGAAUGACAAGGUACGCUGCAGCAGUGAUUUAAUAGUAAUAUGUUGUUUUCGUCCCAGUAAUGCAAGAAGGAUACACUAUGGCAAUUGGACGUGAAAGUGAAAGUGAUGUAAUCUUAACCAACAAUAGUUCCUUCAGUGAACACUUACACAAUGCGAAUAAUUCUCGAUGGCAAAAUCACAGUCAAGUGGAGUUAAUUGUACCACCAGGUCAUACUGAAUCAACGAUUCCCGUCAUUUCCGUAUACUGUGUGAUGCUGGUGAUUGCGCUGACAGGAAAUCUUUCUGUUGUCAUCACCCUCUUCAGGACCCGCAGGCAUCGUCGUUCACGUGUCAGCCUCAUGAUCUUUCACUUAGCUCUUGCCGACUUAAUGGUUGCGUGUAUUAUGAUUCCUCUCGAGAUUGGAUGGCGAAUUACAGUGGAGUGGUACGCUGGAAAUGUUGCAUGCAAAGUGUUUCUCUUCAUGAGGGCAUUCUGCCUGUACCUCAGUUCCAAUGUCCUCGUGUGCGUUUCCCUGGAUCGGUGUUUCGCUGUUGUAUAUCCUCUGCGAGUGACUGAUGCCCGUAAGCGGGGAAAGUGCAUGCUGUUGACAGCUUGGAUUUUAGCGGCGCUUUACUCCAUCCCUCAGAGUAUUAUCUUCCAUGUGCAGCAGCAUCCAGAUUUUCCAGGUUUCUGGCAAUGUGUCACAUUUGGAUUUUUUGCCACACCACGCAUGGAGGCCGCUUACAAUCUUUUUUGCCUUACUGCCAUGUACUUCGGUCCAUUGGCAGCUAUUAGUAUCGCCUACACAGCAAUUGUAUGUGAAAUCUCAAAUCGCUCAGACAGAUCACGAACAAAGGAUGAGGGUGGUGACAGAACAGCUUCUGGAGCUUUGAGACUUCGCUGCAAUGCCAUGACACACAUCGAGAGAGCCCGGCAAAGAACUUUUAGACUUACCAUCACCAUUGUUCUCGUGUUUAUAUGGUGUUGGACACCAUACGCUGUCAUGACACUCUGGUACACCAUUGACAAGGAGAGUGCUGUAAAGGUAGACAUGCACAUCCAAGAUGGUUUAUUCUUAAUGGCAGUCUCGAAUUCUUGUGUGAAUCCACUUGUUUAUGGAUCAUAUGCCAUUAAGAGUUGUAGAUAUCCAUGGACUACACAUCGAUCAAAUAAUAUUCACUUGCUGGGAACCAGCAGAGUUGGUCUCCACAGAAGGUCUACAGGAACUUACACAAGAACAUCUGCCGUUACAAGAUUUACAGUGGCACGAGGCAAUGGGGAGUUAAUAAAUGGAACGGUUCCAACCCAACCCCCUACAUACUUUGAGGGCAGACAAGAACAAUUGCGCUACCAUCACCAUAUCCACCAGACGAGGACCGUGUCUUCAGCACUUGGUAUCGAAGGGAGUUCCUGCAGUGAUAUUGAUGUAAUAGAUGAGUGUCUUCGACGUAAAAUUGCCUCCAAUAGGGCAUCCUUCCACUCUGAUCCGACGCCUCACAUGCGUAAUGACACCGUCGAGUCACUAAAUGAACUAACGCGGAGCUUAGAUACUGGCGGUUGGCGAUAAAAAAAGAGAACUUCCCAUAUCAAUCCAUGCCAAAAGGGAUGACUCAACGUACAAAUUCUGUGAUAGUAUCCACAUUGUCUCCAGAUGUCCCAAACAAACCAUGUGCUAAUGAAAAUUAACACCUCUUAAUAUCUCUGUGGUAUCCUCUGUACCCCAAAAAAUUAUUAUCCUUGCUUGUCGUAAGUUAAUUCAUCUCAACCUAACAAUGUCUUACCAUUGCAUGAACAUUCCUAUGGUGUUAUUUUAUAUCAUCUCGAGGUUAGAAAGAUAA